CAGAUUUAACCAACCAUUUUGUCCAUGAUUGCAAUCCUACGGUAAAGAAGUGGUCGGCUGAAACCUCAAAACUUCACGAUCCUUGUAUUUCUGGCGUUUCCAAUUGUUUGCGUGACUUGGCCGGAAGAACAACGAUGCAGAACCAGGUGCAAAAGGUCACAGAGGAGAUUCUUGAAGAUCUCCAACAGUCAUUGCAGUCUCGCCUGGAGCGGUUCACCGGGACUCUGAGCAAGAUCAAGUCGUUGCAGUCUCAAGUGGAAGAGAAGCAGGCUGUUAUAGACUCGCAGAGGGCUUCCAUCGACAGGCUGCAAAGUAGAUUGGAGGGCUUGGAAAAACGGCUUGCGCUCUCUGAGACUCAUGUGAAAGAGUUGGAGGCUCAUAGGAAGGAUUUGCAAAAAGACUUGCAGCAGAAGCAGGCUGAGCUAAGUACCGCGCAGACUAUCAUAGAGGACUUGGAGGUCGAUGUUGAGGAAUUGCAAAAAAAACUGUCUGAAAAACAGCAAAGCAGAAAAACUUCCUCCACGCAGACGCAGACAACAAGUAAGGCAUUCAAAGAAUCCAGGGCUCGUUUGGUCACUCAAGUGAAGAAUCUAGAGAAGCAGGUUGUGCAGACAGAGAAAGAAAAAUCAUCGUUGGCACAGCGGUUUGAUGCGCAACCGCAAGUGGAUGGUGAGACUUGGCAAUUUCAGGGUGACAGCGGCGAAUGGAUCUCAUUCACUGAGAAUUCGAACAAAGAUUUGAUGGACAAGUUCAGAGAAGGCAAGGAGGUUUGCGAGAUCAAGAUAGAUGGAAAGACCUAUGACAUCAGCUUUAAAUACCGCUGGCAGAGGAACCAACGCACCAAGAAGGAACGGAAAAUCCGCUGUUGCUUUGGUUUACCAAGCCACUGGAACGUCACAGAUGAAGAUGCGUUGAGGCUUCUCAAGGAAAGUCUGCAAGCACCACUUCCACAAAUGCAUCCCAGCACCGAUAUUUGGGAAACAGUCCAGAAAGUAACUGACCGAAAGAUGUUGUCAAGCUUAUCGAAGGUGCUGAACCAGUCCCUUUCCCGUCAUGAUGGCACUCACUGUGAUUGCCCUCAUGGAAGCUCCAACUUCGUUGUGAUCGAGGCUUUCCAGAUCAAGAAUCGUCAUGUGUGGCAACGGUACCAACGCUGUGUUCGAUCCAUCCGUGACAAGCACAAGCAGCAUGGUAUCUCUCCUGGCACCAUCAGUCCGUUAUUGAGCAAAGCCUUGAGUGAGUUUGCCAACGAUAUCGACGUGGACCAAGCUGGCAACGAGCGCCUUCUCCUACACGGGACGAAAACUUUUGAAGUUGGAAAAACCAUUGCAUCAGAAGGCUUUGACAAUCGGGUCGCCAAGGAUGGACUCUUUGGAAAAGGCACCUACUUUGCAGCCCAGACUUGCAAGGCUGCUCAAUAUGCUUCCAUACAUGGAAUGUCUCAGAAAGCAUCACAGCAGAUGCCAGGGACCAUGCUUCUGGCUCGGGUGGCUAUUGGGGAUCCUUUCUACACAGAAGGUCGGUGUCACACCUUGUCACGUCCUCCAGAGACGGAUGGCCGCCGGGCUGAUUCCAUCAUUGCACGGCCUGGCAUCCCCAAUGGCCAGCCUGGCGGAGUGCAGAGCCAUAUGGAAGUUGUGACCUUUGACCCAGGGCAGGCCUAUCCGGAGUUCAUCGUGAGGUUUACUGAGGAGUAAUGAAAUCAAUGGAGAGCCCUUAGAAAUCGAAGCUCCCAUCAAAAAUGAUGGGUGCUUGCCAGUGGCAAUCUCCGGUUUGCUGGAGGUGCAGAAUCGCCCUAUGCAGAUUCUUGCGC